AUGGCAGCUGUUGGAAUUCCGCGCCCGAACCGUGGUUCUGCACCUGCGGACCGCGGGGAAAAUCAAAAUUUCGCAGUGCCAAGACCUACCAGAAACGCGACAAACAAUAACAACAACCACGCCAAAAUGGACCAGCUGAUAGCUGCAGCGAAUGCAGUUAUUCGCCAUAUGGAGAAUACUGGCCAGGAUGAGCCCAUUGUCACCCGGUUCGCCGUCACGGUCCACCAGUUCGCCGAGCAGGCAAAGCAGAGUGUCAGCGCUCAAGGGGAGAUGGCCAAGGUGAUCUCCACUCUUGAAGCCAUUGCCGCUGACACCCAGCGAUUAAAUACCAGAAUUGAUAGCAUUGAGAAGUCAGCGAGCUCUGUAACAUCCACUUCGACCCUGUCGUCCACAGACCGCUGGAAAGCCUUCCGGGCGGGUGCCUGGCGCACGACUCCGGCCGAUCCCCCCAUCAAUCGCAGCAACGGCACGGCGUCGCCGGGUGUGACCGAGGUCGAGCUCCGUGAAGACCGCUCCAUAACGGUCAAGGUGGACCCGACGUGCCGGGAUAAGGAAAAGCAAGCCAGGAAGAGGAUUUUGGCUGCGCUGGCUGGAAAUGCGUACUUCUGCGCUGCCCAAGUGCUGCCGUCUGGUGACGUUUCGAUGCUGGUCAAUUCUGCUGCCGCACGGAUUCAAAGUCCGUCCUGGGGCGUCGUGGUCCACGGUCUUCUAAUCUGGAGCUUCAAGCUCACACCUAAAUCGAGGGCAGGCUUGGCGGAAAUUGUGCAUCUUGACUGGCUUAUCCGCCCGCGAGAGACCCAGCGCGAGGCUUCCGUUAUGAUGGAAUUCGACAAUCCAGCAGUUGCCAAUCAGGCGAUUGAUCAAGGUUUAUACUGGAAUUUGGAGGUCCAUUCAGUCGUCUUCUUCUAUCGUGACGGCAGGGUGAAGUUGUGCCGUAAGUGCCAGAAACCCGGGCAUGUGCAAUCACACUGCCCAAAUCGAAGCUUUACCUGCGGCCACUGCGCCGACGAGCACCCGACCUGGGAGUGCCCGUCCGCCAGUGGCAGCCCAAUCCAUAUCAAGUGUGCUAACUAUUCCGGCCCUCACCGGCCCACGAGCCUGGAUUGUCCCGUCAAGCGGAUAGCCAAGGCCAAGGCUGAACAGAUUAGGGCUAAAUGCCCUCCAUAUCACCGUGUUCCACUGCAUUUCCGUGACCAACGAGCGCCAGCAGCAGCUCCAGCAGCUCCAGCAGCUCCAAUAGCUUCAUCAGCACCGUUGGCCCCGGCUCCAGCAGCCCCAGCUCCACAUCCAGCAGCCUCCAUAUUCAACUUUAUGCAACCAACCGGGCUCGGCGAGUCAGUCCACGCGCCAGCGAGUCAACAAACGAGCCAGCAAGCAACUCAACCAGCAAGACAGCCAGCCAGCCAGCCAGCCAGCCAACCACGUGCUCGCGGACGGCCCAAAGGCUCCAAGAACAAGUCCAAAACCUCCACUUUCAGCGACAAGAGCCUCCCAACUCAGCCUGAAUUAACCGAGAACGCUCUUUCCAUCACCAAGGUCGCCAGGAAUUCCCGUUCGCAGCAGAUCAUGCUCCAGGACCCUAUUUCCGACCCAGAACGUCUCUUGCAGCACAAAAAACGCCGCUUUGAGGAGCCCCAGGACGUUAUGGACGAAGACCAAGAGCUCCGAGCUCCAUCUCCAGUUCCAGUUCUAUCUCCAGCUCGUCCAAUCCUAGCUCGUCCAUCUCCAGCUCGUCCAGCUCCAGCUCGUCCAUCUCAAGCUUCUCGAGCUCUCCUAUCCAACAACUCACUCACACAAUAUGCGGAAUUGAAGCAGAAAUUUGGAAUUCAAAGCAGCCCCGCACGCGAGCAACAGACGCGGUUAAAGCUCUUACCGCCACAUCCACCAGCGCCAGCGCCCACCGAGGAGACUCUGCCACCUAGCCACGGGCUCCAAUUCAGUGAUAUUAUUGACGCCGACGCGUAUCACUUCGGCAGCACGCCUCCAGAGCCGGAGCCGGAAGAUGAGUUCUUCCACGAAGCCUCAGAAUACAGCGAACAAGACGACCACGACGAGACUACUUCAUCUAAUGAAUAA